CUCCUAUUCAAAUGUGGGUCAGGGGUGAGAAGCGCGGCGACGUCACGGACGGGCAAGAUGGCGCCGCGAGGAAGGCGGUGAGAUGCGGGAGGCGCGGGUAUAAUAAAGGCACCGGCGGCGGGCAGCCAGGAGGGAGACACCGGGGCGGAGGAAGAGGAAGAGCCAGAGCCGGCCCUGGCAGGAGAGGAGCAAGCAUGCCAUUCAAAAGGUAAUGGUGCAUGUUGCCCCAGGGAAGAUUCCCCCUGUCGGUAGCUGAGGUGAUAAGGUGAACGGUGAAAGGAAGAGAAGGUGGAGAUGGAACUGCCAAAUCAUGCCAAACAACUGCUGCUGCAGCUAAACCAGCAACGAGCCAAAGGUUUCCUCUGUGAUGUGAUCAUUGUCGUAGAAAAUGCCCUCUUUCGUGCCCACAAGAAUAUCCUGGCUGCCAGCAGCAUGUAUUUCAAAUCCCUUGUCCUGCACGACAACCUGAUCAACUUAGAUACGGACAUGGUCAACCCUACUGUGUUUCGACAAAUUUUGGACUUUAUUUAUACUGGCAAGCUCUUAAUGACCGACCAGCCUGGUGAACAGAACUUCAAUGCUCUCCUCACCGCCGCAAGCUACCUCCAACUACCCGACCUGGCAGCCCUUUGCCGAAAGAAGCUGAAACGCAAUGGGCGGUCAUUCGCUGGCAGGGCUGGCGGUGCCCCCAGUGUUGGGAGACCUCCUCGUAGCCAGAGACUUUCCACUGCUUCAGUCAUCACUCGUUAUUCAGGGUCAACUGAGGGGUUGAAGAGCUCUCACUCUAAGGAGAUGCCAAAGGGAAAAAUCUCAGAUGAUGAGGUCUUCAUCAGCAGCUCCAACCAAGAGAAUUGUCAUGCCUUCAAUAGGGGAAUUAGUAAGAAUGGUGGAGAUGGAAGCAGCAGCAGUGCAAAUGGGAGCAGUGGGGACCAAGAACUUGGCCUCGACCUGUCCAAGAAGAGUCCAUCGCUUCCUCCAGCAGCAUCCCAGGAUGACACACCGCACAGCGAAAGCCAGCGUGGUUCCCCCCGACCUGCCUCAGCCCCUGCAGCCAACAGUGCCUCACCAUUUGAAGAUUCCACCGCCGGAGCUCCCCCAAGCCUUGCUGACAACUGCGAGCCCAUGGACAUGGACUUGAGUGAAGACCGCCAGUCUCUUCCAGAAGGCAGCCAGCGAAAAAGCCUGCGCCACUCAUCCCGCAAGAAAGAGUGGAUCAAGAAGGACAGUACCUUUGACCGGAAGGAGCCUGGUGGCAAAGGCAGCGAGGAGAAUGAGGGGCUCCCUAAUGGUAUCCUUGUGAGCCCCUUGUGCAAAUCAGCAGAGCGGAGCCUUGGCCUGGGUGCCUAUGGGUCUGAACUGCCAUUUGCAUGCAAAGAAGAUGUGGAGAAUGGCAAGGAGAACAGUGAUGACAGUGGGCAGAGUGAGAGCGAAAGCGGUGGGCAUACCAGCGCCAACUAUGUCUACCGACAGGAAGGCUAUGAGCCAGUGGCCUUUGGGGACAACCUCUAUGUCUGCAUCCCCUGCGGAAAGGGCUUCCCCAGCUCCGAGCAGCUAAAUGCCCAUGUAGAGAAACACACGGAGGAAGACCUCUACAUCAAGGAUGAAGGGACAUAUGACGACAAGGAGGAGGAAGCAGAAGAUCUGUCCAAUCCCAACCAGCCCUACACCACAGAGUCCCGCCCCUUUAAGUGCUCUGUGUGUGAGAAGAGCUACAAAGAUCCAGCCACCCUUCGGCAGCAUGAGAAGACUCACUGGCUGACGCGGCCUUUCCCUUGCAAUAUCUGCGGCAAGAUGUUCACACAGCGGGGCACCAUGACACGGCACAUGCGCAGCCACCUGGGCCUCAAGCCCUUUGCUUGCGAGGAGUGUGGCAUGCGCUUUACCCGGCAGUAUCGACUGACAGAGCAUAUGCGCGUCCACUCAGGGGAAAAGCCCUACGAAUGUCAACUGUGCGGCGGGAAGUUCACCCAGCAACGCAACCUCAUCAGCCACCUGCGAAUGCAUACCUCUCCAACAUAAGCCAAAGACUCUGCAAUGAGCUCAGAGCCCACCCGCCAUAAACAUAACCUUUUUCCUAGACUUGCUGCUUUAAAACAAAAGAAACAAAACAAAACAAAAAAGAGGAGUCCAUUCUGUUCCCCAUUCAGUCAUCGGAGAUCUCAACCAAACAGAACUCCCUUCCUUCUUGUCCUUCCUGGUUGUUCCUCUUCUUUCACAUUAAAAAAACGCAACAACAGCACUGUAGCUAAUAAUUAAGUUCCCACACUACUUUUUAACAGGUUGCCCCACACUUUUGAUCAGUCAGGUCCAAUUAUAACAAGACAUGCCACAACUCUAGGGUAUUAUGGGACCAUGAGCCCAAGUGUAGAGAGAUGGGUUCCUCCAGGGUUGGUUCCCAUUGGCAACACUGCUCAAGAGCAGGAUCCUUGUGACUGAAAAAGAGGGGCCCUGGCUACUUCUCUUCCCUAGGUUGGCUUUCACAGCACUUUGGAAUUGUGAUGAGAAAACACAACCAGGGGUCUUCUUUCAUUUUUUGUCCCCCAGACGACCUUUGGCUGUUCUCCCUAGCUGUGAACCAUCACAUACUUUCCAAUGCUUGUCCUUAACAAGUUAUUGAUGGGAUGUUGUUACUUGUUGACAGCAUUUUUUGAAAGUCAAUUUGUUUUGUGUUUUACAAUUUUUUUAAAAAAAAAACAACAACAACUGGGCAGCCAAUUUGUAACUCCUUCAGGACCGAGGCCAUGGCUUUUAGUAUAAUUAGCACCAAAAGUUGUUGCAUGCCAUGAAGGGAAGCAUGAGCAUCUUUGGACAUUUAUAUGCUCUCUUUCCCAAAUACACACACACUUCUCUUUUCCACCUUUCAUCUUUUUCCCUCCCUGUCUCUCCUUUCACCUCUUUCGCCUUAUCCAUGACUGAAUGGGGGUUGGAUGCCCUCCCCACCAGGGAAUUUCUUUCAAGUGAGCAGAGGUCAUCUUUAUGUUUUGUUUUGUUUUUUCUUACUAGUUUUGUAUGAAUACACUUUGCUUAGAGGUACUUGUGUUAUUACGAGGAAAAAACACACACGCAUCGAUAACGUUUAUGUAUUUGUUGGAACUGGAAGGUGUGACGUAACUACGGAGCGGGUGGGGAGUGGGUUUGCUUUAGGCUGGAAUUGCAACAAGUUCCUUUAGGUACUUAAAAAAAAUAUUUUGUGUGUGUGUGUUUGUGGGUACGCGUGAGUGCGUGGGUGCGUGAGUGUUUUCACUUUUUUUCUCCCUCACUAACAGACGGGCUGGUAUGGAUGGCCCGUACUCUUUGCUACCUCUUGAAUUCAUGAGAACAAUAAGAUGGUUAGUGAAAUAUUAGGUGUGAUGUUUUGUCCCUAACCCCUUUUGCCCCCGUUGUAAGUAAGUGUACAGAGUAGAAUCUAAAUUAAAAAGUAAGGGAUUUUUACCACCUCGUCCUUCCGUCAAGAAGUCAACGAAAAUGAUGAUAGAAGCAAAACUUGGCCAAAGACAAUAGGUAGGUUAUAAGCCAAAGGCCCAAGUGAAUAGCCCUAUAGUGGCCUCUGGCUUUCACCAAAUUACCAUUUUUCUAUCCAUGAGGAAACUUUUUGUUUGAAAUAAAAAGAGCUUUUGGGCUCUUUCCAGCCUUGUUUAUUGAACCUGGAUGCUAUAGGGGGAUGGUGUCUCUUAAUCCGCUGCUUUCCGGACACAUCUGUGUGAGCAGGUGACAUCUGAACGGAUAAGAGAAUAAAGAUGUAGCAGGCGAUAUCUUAACUAGGAUCCAGAGUGCAAUAAGAAUGUGGGGGAAAGCCCAACCAAAGUGUUUCAUAUCCUCCCUUUCUGGGGAGGGUAUGGGUGUGUGGUUUUCUUCUUUUUUAUUAUUAUUGUUGUUGUUGUCGUCGUUGUCAUUAUUGUUGUUAAGGAAAUCUUAAUGCAUGCACACAAGAGUUGGAUAAAUGGAAGAGAAAGUUCUCACUGCAUCUGUAGAAGACAUCACAGCCAACAGCUGCUAUAGGUUUAGGAGGAGAGGACAGGGUAUCGCCUGCUAUUUUAUGGCCCCUCAACUUCGUUGGCGUGACCUUUUCGUAAAAAGUAAUGGCUCCCCCCCUUUGCUCCCCGCGGGUGGAGUGCGGUGGUAAAAAUUUCGCAGUCCCUUUAGAACGAUCCUCUCUCAAUUGAGUAAGGUUUACAUAUUUGUUUCCUCUUUACCUUUCUUGCUCAAAACCAUUGUUCUUUUUAUUAUUAUUAUUAUGAUUAAUAUUAUUAAUAUUAUUAUUAUUAUUAUUAUUGGUAGGGUUCACCAAAGCCCUAUGUCUUUUUUUCUUAAAAAAAAGAAAAAGAAAAAACCUUUUUUUCGUCUUUAAGUUUAGACCAAAAAAUAAAAGUGAGUGUGUUCAACUAAAACAAAGAUAAGCUUUCAUUCCCCCCUCCCAUAUUUUUUGUUUUAAAAAAUCCUGUUAAGAAAUAGUCCAUUUGGGGUCACUUUGAAAUAUAACUCCGUUCCAGAUAUUCAGAGAAUACAGUAUAACCACAUUGAGCCUAAUCAUGUUACAGGGAAUCAGUUCCCAGCCCAAGUCCUAAUCCUUCAUAACUAUACCUCACUUAUCAUGAAGGUGGGCAUCUUCUGACCUCCCUGUCCUUCUAGUGCUACAGUUUAAUUUCCCAUCUCGGUUUUGUGGGCCACUCUCAGAGCACUGAUCUGAAACCAUUUUCUCUUAUUUCGUCAUAAGAUGUUCUCUCUUGGGGGAAAAAAUCACUAUUUUUUAAAACCAUGAUCUGCUUCAAGCAAUGAAGACACAACCUUCACAUUGAGUUCUAUGCACAGUACACAUAGCUUUCCCUAUUGGGGAUUCAGCCUUUUGUUUCACAGUGCAAAGAUGAACCCAUCUUUUACUGUUCUCAACUAUCCCCAUAAAGUGAAGAUGGAAAUCCAUGCUGGCAGUGGAUUUCUAUCUUCCAUGUCCUUAACCACCAGUAACUAAACAAAGCUUUUGCGCUCGCACAUCAUUCACCUCUCUAGUGUUGCACCGGCUAUAUUUCUUCUUGAUCAUGGGGAAAUCACCACCAUCAUUGAGCACUGGUGGACCUUGCUGUGGUAAGGUUGGCAUGUGGUUUGCCAAAAUAAAAAACUCCACAUCCACUAAUCUGAAAGUAGAAUUGGGGAUGGAAACCCUCAACUGCCGGCAUUGGCUACCAGCACAGAAUUUCUGGUGUGAAAUGUUGGUUUAUCAACCGUGUAGGCUAGUGAUGUCCAAAUGUUGGUCCUCUGGGUAUUAGGGACCCCUACUUCCAGAAGCCCAUCUUGUCCAGUGGUCAGAAAUACUGGGAGAUGAAGUCCAAAACCCCUGGAGGACCAAAGGUUGGACACCAUUGGAGUAGGACAUCAGAGUUUGGUUUGAUCUAGCCCCCCAACCUGCUCAGUUUUUCAGACCUUUUUUAACUCUUGAGAUGCCUUCAGAUCUGAGUCCUGAGCCAGUAAUCUGGGGGCUCAAGUCAAGAGUGGAGGUAUCUUUUGCUUUCUACUUACUUUCUUAUCCCUUUCUGAAAAGUGGAACACUACCUAGCUCUUCCGCUGGGUCCCAAACUACAUCUACAUGUCUUCAUUCCAUGCCAUAGUUCUGUGAAGACAUCCCACCUCCAUACUUUUUUGAUCUUUCCAGCUGAUAUUAACCACAAUAAGCAUUAGUACAACCAAACUAAAGAGCUCGUGAUUAGCCCUUCUGCUGAGCCAUGAUACCAGAUGAAUUCCAAAUGAUAGCUUAGCCAGGAAAGAGACAUAUUCGCAUCCAGAGCUGGCCAUAUGUAGCAUUGAGCCACUCACUUGGUGGCAAAGCCGAGCCUAUGGAAACCAUGGUUGUGUUCCCAUCAUGGUGUAUUGCUGCUUGGUAAAUGUUCAUCAGUUGUUAUCCAAAGAGGACCCCACCCCCAAAAUGUAGCUAGUGCAAGAAGUAUGCUUCAGUCCCUCAGAGUUGUGUUAGACUUCCCAUAGUUGUGUGUGGUGAAGGGUGGGUGAAGGUAUUAAGAGUUGGUUUGGAUUUUGUGUUGCUUAAGGUUUGAAGUUUUUGGAAUCUUGGAAGUUUCAGGAUCUGCUAUUGUUGGAGGGAGGUUGUUCAUUUUUAAAAAAAUAUAUCAUCAAAGCAGCCUCCUCCUUCUUUUUAUUUCUCCCCUCAGCACUUAAAAAAUGCGACAAAAAGUCUGUGUACAGCGCGAGUAUUGUACCAAUACUGAAAAAAGUGUCUCCUUUUUUUCUCCUCCCCUCCCUUCCCUUUGCGAACGUAAUAGUGUAGAGUUGUGUUCCAUACACCAAGUUAAUGACUUCUUUCCAAAUGGUGACAAUAAUAAUGAAAAACCUAAUAAUACUCAAAACUUCAGGGACUGUUCAGGACUCAUGUAUAGAGGGUCCGGACACUCAAAACUGCAUUUGUACGACAUAGUAUUGUAUCAAGCAUUUUCUGUAUUUUAAUGAGAAAGCAAAACACUAGUUUCAUAUUUAAGAUUUUAAGAGUUCUAGGGUUAGGGUGGGGAGGGAAUUGCAUUUUUGGUUUUGGUUUUUGUUUCUUAUUUUGUUUUGUUUUUGAGAUAGGAAAAGAGCCUCCUGAGGGGAUUAAUUUUUUUCAUGUAAGGUUACAGAGGCCUGGCAGCUUAACUCUAUGUUUUAGACAGUUUAGAUCCAGAAUGUUUUCGGAGUAACAGGAGAAGAAGAAUAAAGAGUAAAGUAGGGGGAAAGUUGUAUUAAAAAAAGAUAGCUCAUACCCAAAUUCACAAAACUAUUUUUUAAACCAAAGCACAUUUUGAAUGAGCAUGGAACCUCACUUGGCUCAGAAAAAAUAAUAAUUAAUAUAUUUAUCUCAUUGUUUACAUAAACUUUUACAGUUACAGACCUCAACAGAUCUUAGGGGCCAGUCAAAAUUAAUUGAUGCUUUUUCCAUUGGUUUAGCGGUUUUUAAAAAAGGGCUAUGACCAACCGCUGUGUAGUUAAUUGGAAACAGAAAACACCUCACUAAUUCUAUAGAAAGUUAUCUAUCUUCUAACAUAUGUUGAGCAUGCAUUCAGUAUCAGCAGCAGUGAACAACCUGUGGCUCUCUGGAUGGUAGGUUUCAACAAGCCCAGUUGGCAUGUCCACUAGUCAAGGAUGAUUGGCAACAUAUAAUCCAACAGCAUAUGGAAGGCCCAGAGCACCCAUUCAUUCUAUUAUUCUCACCAAGUCAGUGGAUGCCCUGUGAUUCAAGGCCUCCAUCUAGAGCAGUGGUGUCCAACCUUUGGUUCUCCAGGUGUUUGGAACUCCACUGUAAGAAGCCCUGGCCAGCUUAUCCAAUACUGAAGGAAUUCUGGAAGCUGAUGUCCAAAACAACUGGAGGACCAAAGAUUGAACACCACUGGGUUACAUCAUAGCCUUUUGAAGAAUGGACUUCCGUUUGCUAAGAUACCAUUGUGCUAGAAGGAAUGGUGCCUCUUUAGGGUCUGUUAUAUAUGGUGUCAGAGAAAGAGGUGGUCAGGAGAGUGAGAGACAGUAGAAUGCAGAAAGGAGAUGGAUAUUUCAUCCAGACAUCAGGGAGGACUAGUGAAAGAGACAGAUGGUGGAUAAAUCAACUGGAAGUCUUCUUUAGAAGGGAAGAGGUGGGCACUUAACACAGGCUGUGACACCCAGACUGUCCUUUCUAGCCCCCUGCCAAUGGGGGGAUUGCCAAAAAUAAAGCCAGCCAGAGGUGACCCAGGAGCCACCACACAACAUUUGCACCAAAGAGCUUCUGAGAAGUAGCUUUAUUUUGGGCACAAGUCUCAGAAAGGUCCUCUGUGCCACUCUGAACUUCCCACAGCUACUAAAGGGCUUCCUAAUCUAACCAAGAUCAGGCAUGGGUUUGGGGGCAUCGGUUCCUAUAGUCAAUUGGUUAGGUUCUGUCUCCCAUUGACCCAUGGGGGAUGGACACACACUCCAGUGGGACUUUUCUUGGUGGGACUUUUACAUUUCAGAUCCCUGAAAUGGGACAUCUGCCCGGCCCAGAUCACAGUCUGGCACCCAUUUUCUCCCUUGCAAGGCUUUGUGGGCCAUGGGGGUUUGGACAACCCAAGGCACAACAGAAGGCCAUUGAGGUUGAAGGCCAUUGAGAGCCCUUGCUCGCCUUCCAUUGUAGAAACUCUUCUCCUCCAGUGACUUGGUCAGACUGUGACCUGGGUUGGCUGGAUCUCAGGUGUGUAGUCCAUAUGUGUGGAAGCAUUCCUUGCAUAUUAUUAUUUUUCUAAAGGGAAGAACCCAACAGACAUGCAAAGUAUUUCUGUGUAAGAAAUGGCAUGCCAGGUUUUGCAUUGUUUAGAUAAAAAGUUAGAAUGAUGACUGAAGUCGGUCUAUAAUUUCUGAAGCGCUUGCUCUCCAAAAUUAUACAGAACUCCCAAAGCAACAGCUCUCAUUGAAUUUUGUGCCGUUUAUAUUCUACUUUUCUUUUUAAUGCCAAAGCCUCUUUCUCUAAUGUAAAAUCCAUGGGGUGAGAAGAUUUGGGGCAGAGCUGAUGGAAAACAAACCUAUUAAUUUUGCCUGGUCUUGAAUAUCUUAACAAAGAUGGUGCAAACACUAUUUGACAGUGUUGUUUUUUGUAUCAAUAUGUAUGUGCAGUAAUGAAUGUAUUUAUUUCUCAAGAUUCUGUAUGCACAGUUUUGCAAGGAGAAGAAAGAAAGAAAAACUCAGAGCAUUUGCAAAGAGGAAAAAAAGUUGUGUCCGCAGGGUCUUCGCUACAUGAUUUCAAAAAAGUGUUUAAAAAAGUUUUAAAACUUAAAAAAAAAGAAUCUCAGAGACUCUCUGCAUAGCCAUAAACCAUAACCUGUGAAGACAAUACAAAGACUGGACUUUUGUAGCUUUUUUUUGCAUAAAAGACAAAUUUGUUUUGCUGUAUUUAAAUGUUUCCAAUUACGGUGUCACUCUUAUACAAUUUCUUGUCUUCUUCUUUCCCUCUCAUAUGUUUGUAUGUGUGUGUAUAUAUGUGCGUGUGUGCACGUGCGUGUGAGCAAGUGGAAAAAAGCACUGAUUUUGAGCGGUGCAGGUCAAAGUCUGGGUUAGCAGUAUUUUUCUUUUUUACCAUGUCACUUCUGUUCUGAAAAACACAGGAAUGUCAGACUUGGACAAGGAAAAUGCCUCGGGACAUUCUCUAAAAAAAGGGAAAACUGAGAUCCGGUGGAAGAUUUUCUUUUCCUGUUUGGUUUUUACAUGAGACUGUGGCAAAACUGGAGGAGAGAGCAAGCAGGUAGAGGCUCUUUUAGGUGUGUCAAUUGGGGAAAAGUCCGAAUGCCUCCCAUCCUGUUCCUACCGUUUUCUUAGCCUUCUCAGUGUUUACAGUGUAAGCAAUAAUGGUCAAAUAUUUUGAGUUAGAUGGGGCUCUUUAGAGACUAGUGAGGAAAAAAAUCAACUUCUUACAGUGCACUAGCCAUUGAGCUGAUCUUGUUGGGUUUCCCAUCCAAUCCAUGUGCUCAGGUGUUGUAUCUGGCUUUAUGUUGUUUCCCCCAUAAUGCACUACAGUGAGAGUGCUACACCACAUAUCGGCCUGCCUAAGUAAAGUUGGGUGGCUGUUUGUUGUUAAGGCUUAAAAAGACCAUAAGGGGUCUUGGUGUGGUGUGAAGCAACCCCUCAUCUGAGCAAAAUAAAGCCAAAUCCUAAACAAAACCUGGAAAUGUGGCUGCUUACAGAUGAGCAAACAUUGAAGUCACGGUUCCACCUUGGACAUUAGAGUCCAUUAGGCACAGAGAUAUAUAGGACAGCAAAGGUUGUCCUCCUUGAAGGCCCCAUCUAGAAGAUGGAUGGGGAUCAGGGAAGCAAUGGGUGAAGUUCAUUGUCUCCCCAGUCUGCCCUCUUCCUGCUCUGGGUUGUCCAUGACUGUUCUUUCUGUACAGGAUUCCAGACACAUCUUUCAUUGGCAGGAAGGGAGAAAGGGCCAGCUGGGAAAUGUCCCCUUUCUCUGUGCUUCUCCGGAGGCCAUUCUUCCCUCUUUUACAAGGGCCGUCCGGGUCAUGUCCCAAACAUCUUCCCAGAACAUCGGCUCUUGGCCCAUGAUUUUCAGAGCUCAUCUUGUUUGUGGGCCUUGAAGCAAUAAAACUACCAAGCCAUGGAAAUGAAGGGAAUGUUUAUGCCAACUCUUGUAUGUCUGUCUGUCCAGGAAGCCUUGUCCCCCAAGAGGGACACUUACAUUGCAUUAUGAACUGUUUACCGCAGGGAUUUUUUAAAAAUGUAUAUAGGACUUCAAAAUGAGGCCAAAGAGCCUUUUCAUAUUCCUCUGCUAGUUUACAUUGCCACCAAAUCUCUUGAUUUGAUGGUGCAACACAAGCUGAUCUUGUGUCGCUGCCUCACUUCUGUCACCCUGAGACCAACCUUUCUCUGGGCCUGCCUUGGGGCCCCUGCUUGCCAUCAUGGCUUCUUUCUCAAAUUUGGGAACAGCCUCCAAAACCAAAUCCCUUCUCCUGGAAAGGAAGGGGCUACUAGUCUCUGGAAGGAACUGCCUACACUGGGGCCAGCUCCCUUUCUCUGAGCACGUAGCUUCAUGUGUUAUGGGGACGAAUCCCCUUUUCUACCUCACUUGUACCUCCAGUGGAUGUUGCAAUACUUUUUUCUCUUUUUUUUUUAAACUGUCAGAGUUCUUGGAAAGGACUUGGAGAACGGGAACCUCUUUUUCCCCCUGAUGAUACUCUUUUCUUUCUCUGUGCCCUCCCCGCCAGGCCAAACAGCAUUGGACAUUGUGGUAUGGAUGCAUUGGCCAGCGUUUCUCCAUUCAUGCAGGAAUAGCAUAGCUAACUCUUGGUGUCAAGAAAGGGCUUAGGCAGUUCGUAGGGUUUGCUUUUACUCCCAGAUUAUAGAUAGAUUUUGUAAUUAUCUAUAAUUUGACCAAUCUCAAGGUGUUGGCAGUAAUUGCAUGAACCCAGUUUUGACUGUGAAAUUGCGCAUUUAUUUUCCUCUUCAAGGAGGGGAGAUCCUUUGGGUUAUUACAUUUUUUAAAACAUUAAAGUUCAGCUGGAAGAACGAGGAUAUGCUUCCCGCCUCUCUCCUUUUUAAGCCUUAACUCUCUGUCCAACCAAGAGUCCCAGAUGUUUCCUCAAGCAUGGCUGACAUUCCUGUUGCAAUGUUCUGUUCCAUUUCCUUCAAGAGCUUGAAUUCAGGUCAGAGUUGCAGAAUGCUGUGGCUGCAACUCAAGUGUCAUAUGGGGAGGGGGGUUUAAAAAUAAUACAGAAAUUAUAAGAUGAUCUCAGCAUUCAGUAAUUUGCAGUCUUAAUGUACAGUGAUGAGAAACUGUUAUUUUAUGAACUUUUCAUUAAAAGGUUGAUUGAAAAUUGCCA